CAAAAAAAAAAAAAUGAUCCACCCGUGCCGUAAGGCCGUAAUAGCAAAACCGGCUGGUUGAACACAGAAUCCCCGCUAAAUAGCUCUGCUUUGGCAAUUGCUUGCGCCGUCCCACUACAACUUGUGGUUUGGCUGGAAAAUGGUCUUCACCCUCUCGACUGCAGCCCCGUGGCUUCUACGGAAGGCAUUUCAACACUUCGCAUUCGUCUCUCAGCCUUUCCCUAAGUCUUCGAAUCUCUCUUUCCAUGGAACCCUUCGCUUACCUCCGGUGGCCUCGCCUCCUCCGAGCCGACAAGUAUCAGGCAUUUGUAGCUCGGCACAAGCUAUGAAGAGUCAAGUUGAUGGGUUGCUCAACGGUGUAGCAGAUAAAGCCGUCAUUGAAGAAGUGAAACACGUUCUUGAAAUGGCUACAAGGGCUACACGUGAUAGACAAGUUCUCCAUACCGAUUUUCUCACACCACCAACAGUGAGAGAGUCAAUGCUGGCGUUGGAGAAACUGGCUGACAUUACAGCAGUUGUCCAAGGAGGAUAUCCGCAGGCUGAGCGUUGCCGGAUUUCAAUUGGGCAUCCUGAAGUAAUUGCUGACGAGGAUGCAGAUGCGGUUGCAGCAUUGAGUAUAACAGGAAACUUUGGAUUCGUAUCCUGUACUCAUGGUGACUUCUUAGGUUCAAUUCUUGGUACAGGAAUUGUCAGGGAAAAGUUUGGGGAUGUGUUGCUAUUGGAGGGAGGUAAAGGGGCACAAUUUUUAGUGGUUCCAGAACUUGUUGACUUUAUGACUUCCUCAUUAAACAAGGUCGGAAGUGUUUCAGUUUCAUGUACGAGGAUACCCCUGCAUGAUCUUGAUUAUCAGCCUCCACAGACCAAGACAUUUAGAACAGUAGAAGCAUCACUGAGGUUAGAUGCCCUGGCCAGUGCAGGUUUCAAAAUCUCUCGGUCCAAGCUUGUCGAUUUGAUCAGCAACCGGGAUGUGCGAGUGAAUUGGAGCACGGUCACGAAAAACAAUACAAAUUUGAAGAGUGGAGAUAUCAUCUCAGUCAGCGGGAAAGGAAGAAUGAAGGUAGGUGAAAUAAACAAUACAAAGAAAGGGAAGUUUGCCGUGGAGCUCAUUCGAUACAUAUAAACCAGCCUCAAUCAAGCAGAGCUCAUUCCUUCCGUCAGCCGGGUAAAAACUGUUAUAGAUGCUGAAUUGUCUCGAGACAUUGGUUGUUGUACCUCAUAUGAUUCUUGUUAAUGCAGAUUCUGUUUCAUGAUCAUAUUACGACCGAUGAAAAUACGUCACACCCGGCAACUGCAUGUUCAUUUUGUGUUAGUUUGGACUUUGGAGGUAAGGGGCCCAGUGGAUAAUUUUCCUUUGGGCCCUCGCUCCCCAGUCUGCACAGAGGACUCGUGGGCCUUGAAUCUUUGCAGGCUUGUGUUGAUGGGCUUGGACCCAGUUUGAGCGUCGAGUAAUUUCCUAAUCCCACAAAAGUUUUAGCUUAACAAUUGUAGCCUCCCGCCCUCCCCUGUAGGAUAAAUACCAUACACCAUUGACGAGAAAGCAAAUUAUUUAUUAGAUUAUUAAAAAUAUCUAUAUUGAUAAAUGAUAAGUAAG